AUGCAGUGGGCUACACUUCUCGCUGCCGCUGCGGCCCUUGCGCAGAAUGCCGCCGCUCAGAACAUGUUGCGAUUCGCGUGCUCGCAGCUCGUCGUCGAACGUACGGACCCUCUUGUCAACCCGGGCAUCAAGUACACUCCCCAUCUCCAUCAGAUCGUCGGAGGUGACUCCUUCAACGUUACAAUGGACCCCUCCCAGGACCCGGCUCAGCUUUCCAAGUGCACGUCCUGCAGCUUCAAUCAGGAUAAGUCUAACUACUGGACUGCGGUUAUGUUCUUCAAGGCCAAGAACGGGUCUUACAUCCGAGUGCCCCAGAUUGGCAAUGGCGGACCACAAGGAAAGCUUGUCAACGACGGCGGUCUUGAUGUCUAUUACAUCCCCAGCGGCAAGACCACUGCUUUCAAGAAGGGUUUCCGUAUGCUUGCUGGCUCAGCCACCAACACCGACCCGAGCAAAGUCAAGCUUUCGAAUAUCUGUCAUCGAUGCUGGACUUCACCUAGCGAGAGCACCUUCGUUGGCGGCGCCCCUUGCUCCGGUAGCGACACUGUUGCCAUCCCCAAGGACCCCAAGUGCAAGCUCAUCCGUCAGACCAUUAUCUUCCCCACAUGCUGGGACGGAAAGAACCUCGACUCUCCAGACCACCAGUCCCAUGUUGCAUACGGCCAAGGAGGCGGUGCCAACGGUGGCGGUGCUUGCCCAUCGACCCACCCUACUAAGCUUCCGCAGGUAAUGUACGAGCUCAUGUGGGAUGUGAACAAGUUCGCCGACAAGAGCUUGUGGCCCACUGAUGGCUCAGAUCCAUUCGUCUACUCCAUGAACAUCGGUGGCCCUGCUGCCCACGGUGACUACGUCUUCGGAUGGGAGGGCGACUCUCUGCAAAAGGCCAUGGACAACAACUGCAACCUCAACACCGCGUGCCCCAAGGCCGGUCUCACCGUCCAGCAGCCCGCGCAGUACAACGCUUGCAAGAAGAAGCAACAAGCUCCCGAGGACGUCGACGGCUGGCUCAGCGCAUUGCCUCUCGGCGACAAGGCCAUCAAGGCAUAG